UACCUACAAUAACCUAUGGAAUCAGCCGAUACUUCCGGUCAGAGGAAGAGACGCCACUCGACCGGGUAACUAUUAUUAUUAAACAGGAUCAUUAUGACCUAUUGGAUAAGCAGAUUACCUGUAACAACAAAUUUUGACACCUGUUGUGACUGUUGAUUAGCUGGGGUUGUAAACUUGUCAUAAAUAUGUCGCCAGUUGGAGAAGAAAGGUGGAGAGAACAGCAUGUUUUAUCAACUCGUAAUUAUAUAUUGACCGCCAACAAGGAUUUUUAAAUUCAGGAAAUUGUGAUUAUAGUGUAGAAAGUAACAAUAGAGGAAUGGCAUUGUUUCACAUCUGCCUGAAGAUGACAAGACCAGCAUUGUACAACAUUUUCACAUAGGUAGAUCUUGGUGGACAGUGAUGAGCAAGAAAGAUACACACAAGGAAACUUCACCAACUCGCAGGAACUCAAGAUAUGAAAAGUUUCACAAGUUGUUCAAGUCUGUCCCACCAGAGGAAUCCCCCAUUGAUUAUUUUUCCUGUGCCUUUAUUGGAGACAUACUACUCCAGGGACAUCUAUAUAUCUCCCAGAAUUUCUUCUGCUUUCACUCCAAGAUCAGGGGGCGGGGAAGAUUGUUGGAAAUUCCAAUGAGCCGAGUGAUCAGCAUUACCAGGGAGAAGACAGCACUUAUAAUUCCAAAUGCCAUUGGUUUCCAGACAGCUGGUAAAAAGUACACAUUUGGUUCAUUCCUCACAAGAGACAGUACAUACAAGUUUGUUAUUGGUCAUUGGAAAAAAUGCCAAGAAAUGAGCAAGAACUUGUUACAAAAUCAAUCAAGUGGAACAGAAUCAGAUGUGCCAUAUUCAUUAAGGGACCAAAGUCCAGACACACCAAUGGACAAUUCAGACAUAACAAAAAUGUUCGAUGAGUCACAAAACAAUGAUGUGGACAAUAACAAUGUGAUAAAUGGACAUCUAAUAUCCCGGCCAGACACGGAGGAAUCAGAUGCUGGUGUGUGCCUUGCGUGUGGGUCAAGGGAUGCAAGUGAUGAAAAUGUGAAAAAUGACAUAUCAAACAAUGUUAAUAAGUCACAUCAGAACCAUGUUCUUAUUUCUCAAACCUCAACUGUUGUACAUGAAAAACCAAAACCUGUGAAACCUCGAUUUUUUAUUGGCGGUGGAAAGUUUGUUCCUUAUUUCUUUCAAAGUUUUGACUGUGAGAAAAUGUAUGAAGCCUUUUCACAGCUGUCUCUCAAAUUCCAAAGAAUUCCAAGGACCAAUAUAAUCCUCGCAAUAUGCAUUAUCAUGACAUUAUUUUUAAUUGUAUCAGCUAUGGCAUUAACCUACAAAAUCCUUUUGUUGCAAGUCAGGAUUGAUUCCAAAGAUAUCUGGUCACCAUCUUCUAAAGCUCAGUGGAGAGAGAAAAUGUACUCAUCAAUAUAUGGUCUACAAAAUCAGAACCAUUUCAGUGUUGUGAAACAAAUGAAUGAGAUACUGAAAUCAAACCUGCAGGUGUUAGAAGAGUUAAGUGAAGAUUUGAAAAGAAUAAAAUCUUGGGAACCUGAAAGAACUCAUUGUGAAAAGGAAGAGACUGAGUGCAGCUGAUACAUAACAUUCCUGUUCAAGUGUAUAGACUAGUCCAAAUCAAAAGACAGAACAUUCCAUUGUUUAUUUAUAGUGUGGAUAUAAACUGUAUCAGGACUGUUGAAGUAGGGCACAUUAUCUGUAUUUUAUAUCUGUGAUGCAACAUUUUUACAAAUUGUGAAAUGUUUUGUUAUGAUCAAUUUUUGUGCAAUAUUUUAUGAAAGAAUACAUGUCAAUAUUUUAUGUUGCUUUUCUUAUUGCACUGGUUGAAAACAAUCAAUGAACUAUGAUCUUGCUUUAUGCAAUCAGUUAAGUGUUUGGUAGUUUAUGCAUAUCUGUAGGCAGGUAGAAAAUAGUUAGUUUAGGCCAUUAAAAGAUAUUGUUCUGUUUCUUAGGUCAAGACCUUUUUUUCUGUUGGAAGAAAAAACAGCAAACAUUUCUAUUCAAAUUUCCUACAUUUUGGAAAUCUUCAAUAUACAAAAAUUAAAAAGAUGAAUUUAAACACAGACAAAAAUAAAAGAGAUAUGAAUAAUAUUAGCUAGUCUCUUUCUAGAAGGCUGCUUUGAAUGUGUUUAGAAUUGUAAAGAUUUAACCCCUUAAAAAUGCAAGUUUUUUACUUUUAUUGGAUAUAUAAUGAAGAGGCCUAAGAAUGAGGACAUUAUGUUUAAUGACUUUUAAAUUGUCAUUUUGAAGAGUGACUUUACUGCCGUCCAAUGUGAUAAAGUUUUCCCUUUCAUUAAAUUUGUUAUCUAUUAUAUAUUUUUGUAAGCUACUUUGGUGCAUGUUAAUUAAGUAUUAUUUGAAAGCAUAAGAUUAGUUUUGACUGAAUAAAAUAGUCUAGCAAGCAAUUUUCUAUUAAAAUUGAAACCUUAAGAAAUUGAUUGAUGUUAAAUAUAAAUAGUUUUUGUGUGCAGAAGUUCAGUAGGCAUUUUCAUGAAAAUAAAAUAUGAUUAAAACUUCUACAUUUGUUUGUAAUAAGUAAUGAAGAUAUCAAUACAACUUGUGGUCAGUACUAGUUGUAAGAUUUUUGUGAAAAGGUCUAGAAAAUCACUGAAGAUACUUUGCUAUGAUCCAGUUUUAUAAUUGUUAGCAAAGUUGGAAAGCUUGAAUUUUCAGAAUUAUUUUUAUUUUCUCAACUUAAAGUUUCCAAAUGUCUGCAAAAUUUACCAAUUAAGCAGAGGAGAAGUAGAUAUACUUCUCAUUUUAUAUAUAGAUAUGUCUGUCUGACAUAGCCAUUGUAUAGGUUUAUCAAAAUAUUUGAAUUUUUACUUUUAAUGCCAAUCAAAUAUAGUAUAUAUAAUAUACAUAAAAUUCAAGAUUUUUACAGAAAUGUAAAUUUUAUCUUGUACCAAGAUUAAUGUUUUCCUUAUAUGUUCAAGCAUUACUAACAUUAAUCACGUUAGUUUUAAUUUUAAAGGUUAUAAUUGUGAUAACAUUUUCAUUUUUGCUAGCCAAAACCAAGUAAUUUAAUUCAAAUAACAGCCAUAGUUUACAAGACAUUUACAGGUAUCACAUAAAUGCCCCAAUUUGAAUAUGUUUAGGAAGUAGUAGCAUGUAAGCUUUCUGUUCAACAGUUCACUGGAAAUCUACAUGAUGAAACAAUUCUGACCUUACUAUACACCACAAGAUUUAUGCCAAAGUCUUGGAAAAACCAUUAUAACAAUUGUAAUUCAAAUUACAUAAUCUUGUUUUUUUGAAUUUCUUAUUGAUAUUGGUAUUAAGUGAUAUCAGAUGUUGAUAACAUAUAGUAGUGAUAUUAUCUACUUAGAUUGUUUAACUGUAAGAUUUCAUUCUAUUUCAAUUGAUGAUAAUGAUAUAAAAUGAUAAUGUAUGAAAUUUUAUUAUUAUUGAAAACCAGAAAACUUGGUUCAGUUUUUAUGGAAAAAAGUGAACUUUGUAAGAUAUUUAUAAUUUUUUGACAAUGUACCAAACAUUAGCAUGUAAAAAUGAUUUGUUAUUAAUUAGGUCUUUUAUUUAUACAUGUAGUACAGCUUUCAUAAUUCAUUACCUACGAACGUUGAUAAGAAAUGAAAUAGAAAAACUGUUGUUGCUUCAUUUUAUUACAUGUACUAACAUGACAAUCAUUUAUAAAACCCAAUUGCUGUAUUCCCAAACCACCUAAAUCAGUGAAUCAUUCUUACAUUGUGUUAAAAAAAAAAAGAAAAGCAAUUCCAUUUUAAGUUAGCCAGUUCACAAUUACUAUGCAUUUUAUAAAUCUGUAUAGAUUUUCCUAAUUUCUGUAAAUUUUCUUGAUUUUUAAAUGUUUUUUAAGUUAUAUCAAUUUUGUUACAUCACUUUAAAACAAAACCAAGUGUAUUCCUCGUUGUUUGACUUGUAAUAAGAUCAGUAAGCUUAUAUCUUAAAGCUGACCAAAUGAAAUAUUUAUUUUAAACAGCUGUUAUAAAGUUUUUUGCUUUUUUAAAUGCAUGUUCAAUUAAGAGAACUUUUUCUCACUUUACAUUUACCGAGGAUGGGGCUUAGUGUAUUAUUAAAAUUAUUUAAUGUAUUUUGUAUUUGAGAUAAAUUUUGUGAAUCGUGUAAAAAAAAAAUUUGCAUUUAUAUUCUCUGUUGAAUUAAAACUUUUCAUUUUGGUUCACUUGUAGUGGAGUUAGUUAGGCUUAUAAUGUCAACUGCCUAAUUUUUGCCUUUUUCUUUUAGUGACUCGAAGAGGUUGACUGAAAUUUGAUUAUAUAUAUUUUCUUUUUAAUUGCAGAUCAAAUACAAGAGAUGUGUAACAAGAAUUAAAAUUUUGUGAAUUAAUUUUGAUAAGGAUAGAAAUUUAAAAAAAAAACCUUUUUUUUCUAUUUUGAAAGAAACAUUUUUCUGCAGGUGUUAAAAAGGGAGAUAGUUUGUCAAAGUUUUUAAUGAAUUUUCUUUCUGUUGUCAAAGUAUCUUGAAUUAUUAAUAUAGUUUUUAUGGGAAAUUGAUUUUUUUUCCAUUGCAUCUGAUGUAUUUCCACAAAAAUACUCAAGUAUGUUACAUUUCAUCUUGAACCUGUGGUUAUGAAUGAAAAUGUGAUAUAGCUUGAUCUGCUGAAUGAAAGAUAGUUAAAAUAAAUAAAAUUUUAACUCUCAGGACAUCAUGACAAUCAAAGACUUACUUGUGACAAUUUGUUUUUAUUUCAUAGUGUAGACAAUAAUGAUGAUCUCAAACAACUUUUUGAUAAUCCUUUGAAACCUUUAUCUGAUUAUUUGAUUGAUUUACGAUGUUUGAUCUAGAAAUCGGGAGUAUUGUUCAGUGAGGCAUUUGAAAAACCAUCUUUUCAAUAUGUAGAGUAAAGGACCAACAUAAAAUCAGGACAAUUCGUUUUUAUUGUACACUUGUUAAUCUUUAUUUAUUGUUUUAUUCAUUCCAUUUUAAAUCAUUAUUUUACAUACAUAGUUUGUCAGAAAGAAAAUAAUAGGCAAGAUAUAAUAAGGAAUGCUACAGAUAUAAACUGUUGUUCAGGUUUUAUCAAAUUAAGAGCAUGUUGCUAUAUCAUAAAUAUCUUUUAAGAAGAAUAGCGUGAUAAUGCUAUAACCCUGUCAUCAACUUAAAAAGAUUGUGAAUUGCGUCAAAAGCACUACAGUAAAUUCAGAAAUUAUUGCGUGCAUUUAUUAUUGUGAUUUUUCUGAUAAAAAAUGUGAGAUUUAUUUUUGCGAUUUCAGAACUAGCUUCGUGUAGAUAUAUGUAACAAAAAUCAGAAUGUGAGUUCUUAUCAUUGCAAUACUCACCCUGUUGCAUUAUUCGCAUUGAUAAGAACCACACAAUAAUUUCUGAAUUUACAGUAUAUAGACCUUUUUUCGUAAAAUGGUGUUAAAGCAUUGAAAGUGAAAUUUAUUUAAUGUAUAUUAAAUAAGCUUAAAGAAGCUCUUUUCCUUUUUAAAAAACUAAGUUUUCUGUAAAAGUAUUGUACUUUCUAAAGAUAAUGUUAAGUAUUUAAAAUUGUUAACAAGUCUGUUGUUAAGUUUGAAAAGUAAAAUUUUUGUUUAUAUGUACAUGCAUAGAUUUUGUAAAAUCUGUUCAUUGUUUGUACAUGAUUAAAAUUUUUGUGGAAGUUAAAUACGGUUCAAAUGGUAUGUGUUUCUGUUGAUUUACUGUUUAUAAUUAGGGCUGAUCCGAUCCAGAAUUAAACGCAUGGGUGGGUGGGUGGGUUUGGACAUGGGAGGUACUCAAAUUACAAUGUAAUAAAUUGGGGGUGAUUGCAUUUUCUUUAGAAUUUUGAAAGAAUUAGAAUUAAAAUGAAAAAUUUAUAUUAUGUGUGGUUGGGUCUUAAAAAAAAUAGUGCCUCCCAAUCCCCCUCACCUGCAUUUAAAUCUGGAACAGCCCUAAGUUGUGUUUGUAAGCUAAUGACUUGUACUUAAAUUUCACAUAUCUACAUACACCAGUUAAUCCAAUGCAUCAGUUCAGCAUUUAUUCGUGUCAGAAAAGAGUAGGUGCACUAAGAACCCCUUUGGCCUAAAAAAAGUAUUACAAAAUAAGAUGAUUUAUGCAUACAGAUAAUUGAUAAAUUUGUGCAAAGUUUAAACUGUAAGAUCUUUGAAAAGAAAGCAUGUAUUAAAUUAUCCUACGGAAUUUGACAAAAAAUGUGAGUGGGAAAUGAUUUAAGAAAAACAAAUUCAUUCUUGGAUUUUAGAAAUUACCAUUUUAAAUCUUUCUUUUGAUAAAUAGUUAAUUUCCUGGUUUUAGUGUACCAAAAUGUUCACAAAAAUUGGUACCCCAUAAAUUACAUUGCAUGUGAAAAUACCAUUGAUAAAAACCGAACAUGAAAAAGAUGUAUGAACUGGAUAAUUUGAUGUGUUUUAUAAAGGGAAUUUAUGACUAUGUAACAGUGCUAUCUUUUCAUCUGUGAUAUUAAGCUUGCUUUACAUUUCAGUUCUAUGUUGAGUAUGUGUAAGCUACUGGUGUAUGGUUAUGCAGUUUUAUGAUUUUGUUAUUAUAACAUUGUAACCAAAAAGUACUUAAUGAAACCUUUAUGGGAUAGUCUUGGUAUUUUGCUACAUAUUGAUUUUCUAUAAAAUAUCAAUAGAUCAUCAAGGCUGUCAUAAAGAAUAUUCUUGUUUGCUGGUCAUCCCAAUGAUUUUUUUAUGUUUGUAUCAAACAUUUUAAUUUUGUUUUCAUUUGUAAAUACAAAAUUAAAGUUUUAAAUCUAAAAAUAUUGUUCUUAAAUUGAAAUGUUCUAAAACAAUUUAUUAUAAAACCUUGCCAAAAUGAAGGGAUCCAUGCUUAAAGGUACUUUUUUUAAAUAGAAAUUUUAAGUGAGAUCAACUGAGACAGCAAUCCAACAUUACAAAAAAUAUCUAGAAGACACCACAUGGUCGUCUUCAAAGUUGAUAGUUAUGAAUUGAAAACUUGUGUCAUCCCAGUUUUAAUAUAGAAUAGUCUCAGAAACGUAAAUAUUUAUUUUGACUGGCCUAAACUGAUCGUAUUGUAUGUACAUUUCUUAAAUCUUAUUUAUUAUUUGUUUGUAACUUGCCUCAUUUUAACCAGGAAACACAUUUCAAUUUGUAUAUUAUAUCUAUGCAAGUAGAUACAUGUAUGUUCUUAAUUUUGUUGUUUCUGAAAAAAGAAAAAAAGAAAAAAAAAUGACACUAUGUCAAAUUUACUGUUGCACAUUCCAGCAAUUAUAAAAAGUAAAUGUACAUUUAACUGUAAGAUGAACACUUAAUUAUCAUCCUAAAGUGUUAAUAAAAUAUUCCAUGAAAAUAUUAAAUUGUUUACUGUUUUAAAUUAAGAAAUAUUCUAAGCACACAUUAUUUUAGUAUUUCAACUGGCAAUUUAAUGUGUGCUAUUUUUUAUUUUUUUUUAUCAUAUAGAUGAUGGUGAUUUAUAGGUAUCCCCAUUGUGAUAAAUUUCAAUAAUCUCGCAUGUGAAAUAGCUGGUUUAUUUUCAGUCUCUAGCCUGUCCCCACCUUUUACCAGACUCUCACUUGAUACUUCUAACUAAGUAGUUGAGCCUUGAUACUUUAAACUAAUUGAUUAAGUGUGUCACAUAUCAAAAAGUAAUAGGCAGGAUGCAUUUAAAACAACUUCUUGCUUCACAAUAAUUGCAAAACCUGCAUUAAUCUUUUUGAAGUGACGAUUUGCCAUUUUGACAACAGUGUGCAAUACACAUUUGUCCAACAUACACUAGUAACACAGAAAAGAGUUUUGUUAUAUAUUUCUGUAUAAUAAAAAGUAUAACUUAUCACCGUAUUGAAUAUAAAAAAUAAGACCAUUUGUAACCAAAUGCCACUAUAGAUUAAACUUGUGCUGCUAAUUUGUUUAAUCCAUGUGUUGUUUGUUCACACGUUGUUUUAUUUUUUUUAUAUGCAAAUAUGGAUAUUAGUUAUAUAUGUACUAUAAGAAAUAAUGAGGACAUCAUUUAAGAUUAAUAAAUGACGUAGAUAUGUUUAUUUCUAAUAUGAUUUUCAUUCAUUAGAUUUAGAGCAAUUUUAGUUUCAUGAAUAAUUUCAGAAAGAUCAUUAUUUUACGCUUUUAUUUUAGAAAAGGAUUGGGUGGUGGACAAACAUAACUUUUUUGACAGUGUAAUAAAUUUUACACUUUAGAAGUAGAAAAAAAAAUGGCAGUGUGAAAAUCUUUGGAAAAGUACAGGUAUAUUUAUUGCACCCUUUAUGCGAAACAGUUGACAAACAUGUUUUUUGUAAAAAAAAAUUAAACAUAAGAUGGUUCUAAAAAGGCCUUUUAUUUAUUUAUGAUUCUUUUUGAAUAUCAUCUUUUUAUUAUCAUGCCUGAAUUUUUCCAGGUGACUAACCAUGUAUCUGUGAAAAACAGAAUAUUUUUAGUAUUUGUUACAUUGUAUUUGACCACUAAUCAUAUGUCCCAUUAUUAUGACCAACUUUGGACAUGCAUGCAAUCUUUUGAUCAAAAUAUUCAAAUCAUAGAAACAAUUUUUUAAAUGAAUGAUGCAAUUAAUUAUUUAGUCAUUGAAGUGUUUUAUUGAUUAUUGUAAAAGUAAAAACACUAGCAAAAAGUAUAUUAAUGAUGUAAUAUAAUUUCUUUGAACAAAUCCAAUUAAAUUUCUGUUCAUAUCUAUAAACCAGGUAUUUUUUUUAAUAUAAAAAGUAAUAAAAUGGUAAGUUUUCAAAACUCUACAAAUAAUAUUUCACCAAGGAUUUGUAUAGUGAGACUCUCACUAUACAAAUCCUUGAUUUCACUGAUUAGGAACUUUUUUUAUUUCCAUAUUAAAGAUAGAGUAAAAAUGUAAUAUCUGUUUCAGAAUCUUAAUUGGUAAUUAGUUUAUUUAUGUACUAAAAUGAAUAUCAAGUAUAACCAUUUUUUUAUGAACAGAGUAAUAUCAAUCAAUAACGAUGUAAUUUGGAGUGUUACCUAGAAUUCAAGAGUUAUUCAAUUUGCAAAUUUCAUAUAUUCAUAGUUUAAAAAAAUACUUUGGUGUGAGAAACAAAAACUCAUUUGAUGUGGGUAUAUUAACUAAUCAGAUAUUUUUAUUUGAUCACAAUCUACAUUUUUUAUUGUUUGUUGUUAUGAUGUAUUUGAAUUAUAUUAUUGAAAAUUAUUUAUUUUUCACGAAGCAAUGGGUGGAAGCUUCACAGUAAAUAAAAGUUUUUAAAAUA